GUUAGUUAGUGAUGAGCCCCCAUGUUAAUAUAUUGGGUUUUCCUGUGGGGGGAGCUUGGCUCAGUUGGCUCACAUGCCUCGCUCGAUCAUUCGCUCCUUUGUGAUGGGGGACAAUGCAAGGCAACAUUUGGGGGUUUAAAAAGCAUACGCACUCUGUCAACCCAACCAGCCUAGAGGGACCGGACCGCUCAACCAAGCUAGAGGAGGAGAGAAGCUCUGCAGACUUCUCCAAAAUGUUGUACACUCUGGCCGGAGGAGGCACACUUUGCGGCGUGGCUGCGCUUGUGCUCCUGAUCGUAUCCACAGCGACCGAUUUCUGGAUGCAGUAUCGUUACUCGGGUAGCUCAGCCAACCAGGGCCUCUGGAGGUUUUGCAUCAAUCAUAAAUGUCAUGCUCACACCAUCACCGUAGCCUUCUGGGAUGCGACACGGGCCUUCAUGUUGCUGGCUGUCCUCAGCUGUUUCGCUGGCGUGGUGCUCGGCCUGAGUGCUUUCACUAAUGGUACCAAGAACAAGAGGGUUCGCAUGGGGGGCAUUGCCCUGGUCUUCUCAGGUUUUCUUGCUCUCUUGGCUCUCUCUAUCUACACGGGAGUGACAGUCACUUUCUUUGGGAAACGCUUUUUGGACUGGCGAUUUUCAUGGUCCUACAUCAUCGGCUGGGUGGCCAUCAUCUUGGCUUUUGCAGCAGGUGUAUUUCAACUCUGUGCUUACCAGCGAACAACUGCAGAACCUUCACCAUCAAAUGUUCCUGACAGUUGAACCACAGCACCUUGUCUGUAGUUAGAAUAAAUAUCAUUCCCAUCC